AUGUGGGUGUUUGGCUUGGUGAUAGGCCCAGAUGUUUUUGAUGUCAAUGAUGCCAAGACCAUUCUAAACAAGGAGUCUUACAGGUUCAGACCUAUGCUCCUCAAGAGGCACAUGGCGAGAGUUACUGGAGAACGUGGUAUAGCUGCCCUGAAUGGGAAGGAUUGGAGGAUGCACCGCCUUGCUUUGACCAAGACGUUCAAUCCUGACUUCUUGGCACACUCUCGUGUGGAAAUGCAAAAGAUUGCACAUCAAAUGACAGAGAGGAUUCAGAGCAAGAUACUCAAAGAAAGCAGGGGUGGCUCAUUCGUGGAACUCGACAUUGAGCCCUUGAUGAAGUCCGUCACACUUGGAAUCUUUUGCAAAACAGCACUGAACUUUGAAGUAGUGACUGGCGAGGAUGGCAUGAGCCCAUGUCCACAGGCCACUGCCUUUGAAUACUUGAGUGAACAAAUGAUGAAGCGUUUUAGCAAUCCCCUUUGGCCUCGACACUUUUUUUACUGGAUUCCCACUGAACAGAACCGUCAACAGAUAAAGGAACAACACUUUGUUCGUUCCUUCUUGACCAACCUGAUUACGGAAAAGCGCAAGUCUAUUGAAGAGAGCCAUGCCAGUGAAACAGAUAAGGAUCUUCUGACACAUCUUUUGAAGGCUCACAACACUGCCAAGAGCAUGGGCAUUGUGGAACCUGAACAGGUCACAGACGACAACCUCACUGACAUUCUCAUGUCACUUUUUAGUGCGGGUUAUGACACAACAUCAAUGACUUUGUGCACUGCAUUGUACUUGCUCGCUCAACACCCUCAAGCUCAAGAGCACUGUGUCAGAGAAAUCCAGAACACGAAGGGUGGAUUGGUUGAUCCACAUGACUUGGUGUACUGCAGGGCUGUGAUCCUGGAGGCUCUUCGAAUGUACCAGUGGUUGCUACCCUCCAACCUCUUUGCUCUUCCCUCUGAGUUUCGUCCGGAUCGUUGGGUGUCAGCAGAGGAAGGGAAAGAAGGAUGCUGGAUGGAACGAAGUGCCUUGGAUGAUUCUGGUGAAAUUCCAGCAGCCAAUCGUUCCAAUUUAUUGGCUUUCUCAGCUGGUGGCAGGAAUUGUGUGGGCAUGAAAUUUGCCAUUCAAGAAGCUGUCCUUGUCCUUGCCAACUUGCUGAAAGGGCUUGAAUUCGCAGCUGUCCCCAGCUUUGACCUCAAGAGCUCCAACCAGGUCAUUCUCCAUAAACCUGACAAUGGUGUUCUUCUCAAUGUUAGCACUAGGGUGUGA